AUGAUUAUUUAUUUAUUUUUGUUUUAUUUUAACAUUUUUAUUUAUACUGAAUUUAUUAUAUGCUUUAGAAUAAAUAAGAUAAAUAAUAAAAGUAAUUUAUUUAUAUUAAAAAAAAUAACAAACAAGAAUACUGAAAUAAAAGAAGAUAUUGAAACAAAUAGAAUAAAUAAAAAUAUUGAAAUAAAAAAAAAUGUUGAAGAAAAUAUUAAGUGCAAAAUUGGUAUAGAAAUUCAUAUACAACUAAGUACAAAAUAUAAGGUAUUCUGCAACUGCUUUAAUAUUUCAUCCUUAUAUAAGGAAACAACUCACGAAAAAAAUCAUACUGAUUUAAUAAAAUAUUUAAAUGAAAAUAUUUUAAAAAAUGAAAAAAUAGAAGGAAAAAGAGAUAUUUUAAAUUGCGUGUUAAAAAGUAAUGUAGAGAAAAAUAAAAAUGAGGUAAAUAAUGAUAAUAAAAAGAUUGAGAAUAAUGAAAUUACUAAAGAAAAUAAAAUGGUUGCCAUAGAAAAUAGCAAUAAUAGUAUUAUUAAACCAAAUAAAUACAUUUGCAAUAUUUGUAUUGGUGAAGUGGGUUCUUUAAGUAUAUUAAACAUUACAUCUGUCUUAUUCACAUAUCUAAUUUGCAUUAUUUUUAAUUGCACUUUAAAUCGUUUUAUUAAAUUUGAUAGAAAAAUUUAUAAUUAUUAUGAUUUACCAAAAGGUUAUCAAAUUACUCAGCAAAAAAAACCAUUGGGAACAAAUGGAUUAAUUUUUAUAAAUAAAAAAAAAAUUCUCAUAAAAAGUAUACAUUUAGAAGAAGAUACUAGUAAGUGCUAUUUACUUGAUAGUAACAAAAAUUUACAUAAUAAUUCAAAAGAAAAGCAGAUUUUACAAAAUUACAAAGAAAAUAAUGAUCAGAAAAGUUACAAUGAAGUAAUGCCAGUAUAUUCAUUAAAUUUCAAUUCAACUCCUAAUAAAUGCUUUUCUCAAAAAAGAGAAGAUAAAUCAAAUUUGAAUGAAUUUUAUAACCCGAAAGAAAGUGAAAAAUAUGUACAGAAUUUAGAUAAAGAAGCUUGUGAACAAAGUAACAUGAACAAAAAAAUUUUAUUAGAUUAUAAUAGAUGUGGAAUACCUUUAGCUGAAAUUACAACAGAAAAAGAUUAUAUGAAUAGUGAUGAUUGUAUAAAUUUACUUAAAGAAAUAAAAAAUAAAGUUUGCCUAUUAGGUGUUUGUGUAGGUAAUAAAGAAAACAUAAGAUCAGAUAUAAAUAUAUCUUUUGAAUAUAAUAAUAUAAAUUAUAAUAGAGUAGAAAUUAAAAAUAUUAAUAGUUUUAGAAAAAUUAGAAAUUACAUAGAAAUAGAAAAAAACAAUUUUAUAAACCUUAUUAUAGAAAAUAAAAAGAAUAAAAGCAUCAGUAAAAAAGUAAAUGAUAUAUAUACAAAAAGUUAUUUAGAUAAUACAAAUUUUAUUUUAAGACAAAAAGAAUUUUAUAAUUAUGUUCACGAGGGGAAUAUACCUGAGUAUAAAGUAAAAAAAAAAGUAAUAAAGUUAUUAAAGUUUUAUGUCAAUUAUAAAAUAAAAAUAUAUGAAGAUGAAAAAAAGUAUAAAUGGCCAAAGCAAUAUUUUCAUGUAUUUUUUAAUGAUCCUUUUUUAUACAAUUAUUUCAAUGAAUGCUUAAAAUUUGAAGAUGAAAAAAAUAUUUCAAAUUUUAUUAUUAACAUAUUAUUAGAUGUUCUAAAAAAAAAAAAAGUUUUAUCAAAAAAUAUUUUAAUAAAACCAAAAGAUUUAUGUUUUCUUAUUAAUUAUUCAAUAAAAAACAAUUUAGACAAUACUUUUCUUAAAAAAUUUUUAUUCAAAUAUAUUGAUAGUGGAUUUAAAAAAGAGUUGCUUUAUGAGAAUAUAAAAAAUAUAACCAAUGAAGAAGUUCAAUCCAUUUUAAAAAAAUUAAUAGAAAGCAAUAUAGGAUAUUUAAAAAUAGAUAAAGACAAAAAUAUUUUAAAUGAGCAAAAUUUUAAAAAUAGAAUAAUAGGGUUACUAAAAAAAAAUGUAAAUGAAGAAAAUUUUCAGCUUAAUUUGGAUUAUAAAUUUAUAAACAAUUUUAUUUUUGAUUAUAUAAGAAAAUCAACAUAA